UGUCUUGCAGGGGCUUCCGUACAUUUGAACAGUUGUUGUUGCUCGGCAACCCCAACUGCGUCUUACUAACAACGAUGGCGGAGAAAAAUAGUAAGAAAAAAGUUAUCCCCGUCCUUUCGCAAAGAAAGACAUGUCCAUCCUCUGCCAGCAAAGCUGAGAGCUCCAAGAAGCUAGGAGUUAAACAAAAAGCAAAAUGUGCAUCGAAUUCAACAACAAAACACACAGAUGAUCUUUUUGCCAAGGGAGAGCACAACAAGCUGUUGAAUGCUGAGAUAGAGGCCAAAACAGCAAAAAAGGUAAAAGAAGCAGAGCAACUGAUGAAAGAGAAAAAUGAAGCUCUAUCAUCUCCCCUCUCCAAUGUGCUCUUCUUGGAUAUGGAAUAUGAAGAUGAAUUUAGAACACUGAAGGAUCCUCCUCAGAAAGAUGAUACAGCAGCUUUAGAAGAUGAAGCUGGUUUCUUCUUAGCAAAGACUAUUCAGAGCAUGGAAGAGAAAAUGAAGGACUCUAUUCCAGAAGAUAUUGUGGAUAACGCAGAAAAUGAUGUGGAAUCAGCUGUUUCUGAUGCUCAGACACGAGUGCUGAAGGCAAAACUUCGAAUUAUGCAGGAAGAACUUGACCUGCCUUCUUGUGAUUAUCAUACAAAGGAUGCAGAAAAUUCUAAGCUGACGGCAAAAAUAAAAGAGUUGGAGGAGGAAAGAGCCAGACUGCAGAGGACCGUCAGCAUCCAGCAAACACAGACGGAGAAACAGAAAGCUUUAGCCGAAGAGUUGGCUAAAAAAUGUGAUGAUCUCCAGCUGCAAGUGGCUGCUUUAAGCAAGGAAGUAGAAACUCUGAAUAGGUCCCAAAAGCAAGCAGCAGCUGUCCACGGGACGGUGGAGGUCCGCCUUAACAGAGCUUUGGAGGAGGUGGAGAUGUUAAAGUCCGAGCUGAGUAAGGCCAAGCAAAUCAACAAGGACAAGAUAAGUGAAGAACAAAGUAAAGAAAAUCUGCUUGCUGAAAACCAAAUUCUUAAGAAGCAGAAAGCUGAACUUGUUGUUGGGUUCAAGAAACAACUGAAGUUGAUUGACAUCCUUAAAAGACAAAAGAUGCACUUAGAAGCUGCGCAGAUGCUGUCCUUCACAGAAGAGGAGUUCAUGAAAGCUUCGGACUCGGGGAAGCCAUGAAUGUGGUUCAUCAGUUUGUUUUUUUUUAACAGUAAUUGUUCAUAGUGUACAACUUUUUCGUUUUAUUUAAAUAUUUCUGUUUUCACAGUGUAACACAUCAGUUUACAAGAGCUCAGUUCCUUUAUAAUUUAACUGGAUUCCCUCCCACUGAAUGUUUUUUGAACUGAGCAUAAGCAUAAACAGAAAAAUAACUUCAAUAUAUAAAAACAUUUCAAAAAUAAAGGUGUUUCUUCUCUAAACCUGUCACACAUUCACUGCAGCAACGCUGACAUCUAGUGGUCAAUGAAAGGAAAAACGUUUUCUGAAAUCUUGCUCGAUGUUCCAGGUCUUCACUAUAGAGAGAACCUUCUGAAAAGAUGCUGAUAUUAUUCCUGAAAACAUUAACAGGUGUAAAUGACAUAACAUUAAAUCUCCAGGAGCUUUAAUGUAAGAACCUUCUUCCUCCAUGACCACCUCUGUGCUUUCCUCUACUUUCCCACUAAUUCCUUCUUGAAUUUCUGAUCUCUUCAUGAUGAUAAAAAGCAACAUCUUAAUAUAGGGGAUCACUUAAAAUGAAACUAAAACAGAUGGCAUGUAAAACAUUACUGACCAAUUAGUAGGAAUAGAUGUGCUGUAGGAUCACAAUUAUUUACAGAGGGAUUGAUUCAGUGACUUUAGAGCCUCAUCUGGUUUCUAUUGUCCUAUGUCAGAUUUUCCACGUUUAAUUUCCUUAAUGCCCUAUUUUUAGGAACCCAUCUGCUUUAUCUGUAAACAUAUAAUUUAUCCUUAAGUCCUGUUUGUUCUUAUUGUUUAAAAGUAUUUUUAAGGUCUGCUGCAUCAGAGAGCAAAACUUCAAUAAAUACUCCAAAAGACUUCAGAUCUGUCCAGCCUUCAUUUUCUUCCGGUAAAUGGUAAAAGGUUAAAGAGGUGAAACCUUUUCUCUCAGACACGUGACUCCUCCCGUUCUCUCUGGAUCCCAUGGUUCCCUGCCAGUAAGG